AUGGAGCCAAUGGAUCGCGGGCGUUCCCGGAACCGCUCACUUUCGAGGCCAGUGCACAGCCGCGGCCAUCACCACUCAAUCCUGGUGAGUCCAGAUCCUCUAGCUGACCUGUGCAGGACGCUGGUCCAAACAGGAGGCAUCCAUUCUCGAGAGGAGGAUCCCAUGAUCCAGGAAUCCCUCUCCUGGACAGACGGCGCAGCUCUUCCCCACUUCUCGCCGGAAGGUAGCAAGGAGACGCCCUGCUCCUCAGCGAACCAGCUUGUCCCGACUAUGGAGACUGCGGGCCAAAAUCCCCAGGCUUUGGCAGGCAGGUCCUCGGAUGACGGCGAGGUAGGCGACGCCUCCCGUAUGGAAGUCGGCACGGCGGCGGUGCACGCGUCUGCUACACCGAACAUCGAUUCCGGCAGGGAGGGAUACCCCACUGUUGAUCACGACCUCUACGAUGACCCUAACGCAGACCGGGUGGACGACAUCCAUGACUUCUGCAGCGCCAUCUUCAAGAGCGUCCCUGAACCACUGCUCCUGCGCCCGACCUCCCCAUCGAAACGGGUCUGCAGCAAACGCACGGGAAGGAAGCGGAAGAACAUGGUCGCCACCCCGCUCGAGCAUGCGCCUCGCGGCGCGCCCAUCAUCGGUGUCGGUGGCUGA